UCAUGCAGACAUCAGAGACUGGGUCGGACACAGGUUCGACAGUGACUUUACAAACAUCUGUGGCUAGUCAAGCAGCAGUGCCUACACAGGUAGUACAGCAAGUACCGGUACAGCAACAGGUACAGCAGGUACAGACUGUGCAGCAGGUACAACAUGUCUACCCAGCUCAGGUUCAGUAUGUGGAAGGAAGCGAUACCGUCUAUACCAAUGGAGCAAUCCGAACAACAACUUAUCCUUACACAGAAACGCAGAUGUACAGCCAAAACACUGGAGGGAAUUACUUUGAUACUCAAGGGAGUUCUGCACAGGUGACCACGGUAGUCUCGUCCCACAGCAUGGUGGGCACUGGUGGCAUUCAGAUGGGCGUCACUGGAGGACAACUCAUCAGCAGCUCGGGAGGAACCUACCUUAUCGGCAAUUCUAUGGAGAAUUCUGGCCACACAGUGACACACACGACUCGGGCUUCCCCAGCGACAAUUGAAAUGGCGAUUGAGACGCUGCAAAAGUCUGACGGUCUGUCUACCCACAGAAGCUCUCUCCUCAACAGCCAUCUCCAGUGGCUGCUGGACAAUUACGAGACCGCAGAAGGUGUGAGCCUUCCCAGAAGCACCCUCUACAACCACUACCUGCGACACUGUCAGGAACACAAACUGGACCCAGUCAAUGCUGCCUCCUUUGGAAAACUAAUCCGGUCCAUUUUUAUGGGGCUACGGACCAGACGAUUGGGAACUAGAGGAAACUCCAAGUACCAUUACUAUGGGAUUCGUGUCAAGCCAGAGUCCCCUCUUAAUCGUCUGCAAGAAGACAUGCAGUACAUGGCCAUGAGACAGCAGCCAAUGCAGCAGAAACAAAGGUACAAGCCUAUGCAGAAAGUGGAUGGGGUUGCAGAUGGUUUCACAGGAAGUGGUCAACAGUCAGGCACAUCUGUUGAGCAAACUGUAAUUGCCCAAAGUCAACAUCAUCAACAGUUUUUAGAUGCAUCUCGUGCACUCCCUGAAUUUGGGGAAGUGGAAAUCUCUUCUCUGCCAGAUGGCACUACCUUUGAGGACAUCAAGUCACUACAGAGUCUUUAUCGAGAGCACUGUGAGGCAAUAUUGGACGUUGUUGUGAAUCUUCAGUUUAGCCUGAUAGAAAAAUUGUGGCAAACAUUCUGGCGCUACUCUCCCUCAACUCCAGCUGACGGCACUACCAUGACUGAGUCAAGGUCAGAGUCAGUAUGCUUCCCACUUCUCUUAUGGCCGAGGAGAUGUCAAAGCAAUUAAAUUAGAGAUAUGUA